CAUGACAGGCGAGAAGAAAGUCUCAGUAAUCAAUGGCAAACCAGAGGACGCCGUGGACUUCGAGUCAGCCAACGACAAGAAGCCGGUCAACGAGAGGGGCCACUGGAACAACAAGAUUGAGUUUGUCCUGUCGGUGGCCGGAGAGAUCAUAGGGCUGGGAAACGUGUGGCGUUUCCCCUACCUGUGUUACAAGAAUGGAGGAGGGGCGUUCUUCGUACCAUAUAUAAUCUUCUUUAUAUGUUGUGGCAUCCCGGUGUUCUUCCUGGAGACAGCUCUGGGACAGUUCACCAGCGAAGGAGGCAUCACAUGUUGGAGGAAAUGCUGCCCGCUCUUUGAAGGUAUUGGCUAUGCAACCCAGGUGAUCGUGGCCCAUUUGAAUGUGUAUUAUGUGGUUAUCCUGUCCUGGGCUAUCUUCUACCUGUUCAACUGCUUCACCACGGAGCUACCCUGGGCCUCGUGUGAUCACUACUGGAACACAGAGAACUGUGUCGAUUUCCAGAGGAACGGCACCAAUUUCACCUUCAACCCCAACUCCACCUCGCCUGUUGUAGAGUUCUGGGAACGCCGCGUCCUCAAGAUCUCCAGUGGGAUUGAACACAUCGGGAAACUACGCUGGGAACUGGCUCUGUGUCUGGCUCUGGCUUGGGUCAUCUGCUACUUCUGCAUAUGGAAAGGGCCCAAAUCCACCGGAAAGGUGGUGUAUGUGACUGCUACCUUCCCCUAUGUCAUGCUGUUGGUCCUGCUGAUCCGAGGGGUUACUCUGCCGGGGGCGUGGGAAGGAAUCAAGUUCUACCUGUACCCUGACAUCUCCCGCCUCUCAGACCCACAGGUGUGGGUGGAUGCUGGGACUCAGAUCUUCUUCUCCUAUGCCAUCUGUUUGGGGUGCCUGACGGCCCUGGGGAGCUACAACAGCUACGACAACAACUGUUACAGGGACUGCAUCAUGCUGUGCUGUCUGAAUAGUGGGACCAGCUUCGUGGCGGGCUUCGCCAUCUUCUCUGUUCUUGGCUUCAUGGCCCUAGAACAGGGUGUGCCCAUCGAGGCCGUGGCAGAGUCUGGUCCAGGCUUAGCCUUCAUAGCCUACCCUAAAGCUGUGACCAUGAUGCCUCUGUCUCCUCUGUGGGCUUGUCUCUUCUUCAUGAUGCUCAUUUUCCUGGGGCUGGACAGCCAGUUUGUGUGUGUAGAGAGCCUGGUGACAGCGGUAAUAGACAUGUAUCCAGAGACCUUCAGGAGAGGCUACCGUCGAGAAAUGCUCAUCCUGGGCUUGUCUAUAUGCUCCUUCUUCCUGGGGCUCAUCAUGUUGACAGAGGGUGGAAUGUACGUGUUCCAGCUGUUUGACUCGUAUGCGGCCAGCGGAAUGUGUCUGCUGUUUGUGGCCAUCUUCGAGUCAAUAUGUAUCGGCUGGGUAUACGGUAGUGACAGGUUCUAUAUGAACAUCGAGGAUAUGAUUGGAUACCGGCCUGCCAUCUUCAUCAAAUGGUGCUGGAUGCUACUGACCCCAGGCAUCUGUGCUGGUAUCUUCCUGUUCUUCCUGAUUAAGUACAAGCCUCUGAAGUACAACAACGUGUAUAUCUACCCAGACUGGGGCUACGGUAUAGGCUGGAUGAUGGCCCUGUCCUCCAUGGUCUGCAUUCCCCUAGGAAUCAUCAUACAGCUCUGGAAAACACCUGGAACCUUCUCAGAGAGGAUGACUUUCCUGACCACCCCCAGUCCAGAUCUGGUGAUGAGAGGUAAACUGGCUGGUAUGAGCCCCUUCACCAUCAGACCCAAGCCCAGCAAAGAGUCAAAGAAAGCUGCAAAGAUCGCUACCAUCACAGAGAAGGAGACCCAUUUCUAACACUUCUCCAAGUCCAACCACUGACCAAGCCUCUAUCUGUCUGUCCCCAACCACAACCACAAUGAAGACAACAACAAACAACAAACAAAACAAACAACAAACAAA